AUGUGCGCGACUCUCUAUGCACAAGACUGGGGCAGAUCUGGCUUCAGCCUCUCUGGUGAAGUUCGCUGGGGUCCGGGCAUCAGUUGCGAGAUAGAGGAGUCCCUGGUGGAUGGCUACCAGGUUUGGUUGGUAAAUGACUGUGGGGAGCAGAUGGUCCUUCUCGGGACGGUGGCGAAGCAGCAAGACCCGCAGCUGUCUGCGAACUGCUGCGAUGAGUCCUGGUACUCUUUUUACCUGGGCCUUCUCACCGCGCCGUCGGAUGCAGCAUCGAUUGCCAUCGUCCCAUUUCGAGGCUCGCAGCUUUACCUGCCAUCUUUCCUGCCAAUUACGCAGCGGACAAUCGCAACUUCUACUACGACUACCACGAUUGCAAGCAACAU